CCGUUCCCCAAAUUCCGCAUUAUUUUUGCGGUGGGCUGCUGCUCCACUCAUGACGAGCACUUCAGGGACUAGGUUUCGUUCGCUCGUUGGAUUUCUGCAGGCGCAUGCCACGCUCUGUAGAUUAUAAAAGAUAUGAGAAAUCCGGUGUACUCUCCGAAUAUUAUCUCAACGAACCUGUCCAAACGCAGACAAAAUGACUUUCAGAAUACUCGUUGUUCUCACUUCGCAGGAUAAAAUCCCCGCAAAUGGCAAUCCUACCGGGUGGUAUCUGCCUGAAUUUGCGCACCCAUGGGAAGUCCUCCAUACUAAAGCCGAACUUACUAUCGCCUCGCCCAACGGCGGAGAAGCACCCUUGGACCCGGGAUCCGCGAAACUGUUCGAGAGUGAUGCCAUCUCAACGAAGUUUUUAAAAGAGCAAGAGCAUCUAUGGAAGAACACUAUCAGGCUCGUAGACGCUCUGCCCCGGGUUACCGAAUUUGAUGCUCUUUUCUACGUGGGUGGACAUGGACCCAUGUACGACCUUCAUUACGAUCAGACUUUCUUGAAUCUGAUUCAGGCAUUCUCUGCUUUGAAAAAGCCGGUCUCCGCUGUUUGCCACGGUCCGACUGUGUUCGUGAAGGCCACCACCAAGUCGGGGGAGUCUCUACUAUCGAGGGCUACUGUUACUGGUUUCUCCAAUGUCGAGGAGGAUCAGGCUGGUAUGACUUCAGUCAUGCCUUACCUAUUGGAGGAUGAGUUAAACAGGGUUACUGGAGGUCGAUAUGUCAAGGCUACUGAACCGUGGGCGGAAAAGGUUGUGGUUUCGGAAACCGUGAAUGGAGCGCCCUUGAUCACCGGACAGAAUCCAGCAAGCGCAACGGGUGUCGGGAGGGAGCUUCUGAAGGCUUUAGGAGCAUAGCUGUUGAUUUGUGGAUGUUUCAGAGUUCGAAAGUUGCAACGAUUAAGAGUCUUAAUUGCUGCUUAUAUGCUAGCUCUCUAACGUAGUGUUCGGUUCGCUUAUUAUUCCAUGAUGAACAGAACGUACCCCCGAAAUAAUGAAAAGAAGCAGACGCUGCCGUGAUUAACACAAUGCUA